ACAAUGGCGUCGUCUUCAACCUCCUACAACUGCCCCUGCGCAGCCUGCAAAUUCCUUCGUCGGAAGUGCAAACCAGGCUGCAUUUUCGCGCCAUACUUCCCGCCGGAGGAUCCUCAGAAAUUCGCGAAUGUCCACAAGAUCUUCGGCGCCAGCAACGUCACGAAGCUCCUGAACGAUCUCCAUCCCCACCAGCGCGACGACGCCGUCAAUUCUCUGGCGUUCGAGGCGGCGGCACGCGUCAGAGAUCCCGUCUACGGCUGCGUCGGCGCCAUAACUUUUCUGCAGAAGCAGGUCGAUCGUCUCCAGAAGGAGCUCGACGCCGCCAAUGCCGAUUUGAUUCGAUUCGGCUGCAAUAACGAUGAUGCUGUUUUAAACCCUAGCGCCGCCGCGGAACUGCCGCCGCCGGUGGACAGAAAAUUGGGCGGCGGCGGCGGCGGUGGCGGUAGUGGUGGUGGAAUUUAUUAUGAAACACUGCCUAAUUAUCUGCAAAAUCCAUAUUUUGUGCCAUGGGAUGAUGAAAGUUUUUGUAACCCUUUUGAUGGAGAGUAUUUGAGAGACGAUGGGUUUUGA